ACCGAAUCCACUUAUCACAGAGCGCGAGCUCCUGGCGGGAAGGCACGAGGAAACAAAGAGGGAGAGAGUGAGAGAGCGAGAGGAGGGAGAGAGAAAGAGAGCGGGUGUGUGCGCGUCUGUGCGUGCGUGUGGAUUGCACCACCGCAACCCGUUCACCGUUUCUGCAGGCGACCGUACUCCGAUGGAGGAAAUAAACCCGAGAAGCGUUUCCUUUUCCGCAGAUGUUCCCACCGCCCCCAGGUUCCAGAUGUGACCGACGAGCCGCUCUGCGACACCCCGCUUCCAGUGCGCUCACCUCGGAGAGAACCGUGACACCAUGGCUCUGGUCAUGGAGCCUAUCAGUAAAUGGACACGAAAGCAGGUGCUGGACUGGAUGAAGGGUCUAGACGACUGUCUCCAGCAGUACGUGAAGAGCUUUGAGCGGGAGCAGAUCGGAGGAGAGCAGCUGCUGCACAUCACUCAUCAGGAGCUGGAGGAGCUUGGUGUCACCAGGAUAGGACACCAGGAGCUCAUCCUGGAAGCUGUUGACCUGCUCUGUGCCCUGAACUACGGCCUGGAGACAGAGAAUCUCCGAACACUGUCCCACAAGCUGAACGCUUCAGCAAAGAACCUCCAGAACUUCAUCCUUGGUCGGCGGCGGGGAGGUCAUUAUGACGGACGAGCCUCUAGAAGGCUGCCCAACGAUUUCCUCACAUCAGUGGUGGAUUUGAUUGGUGCUGCCAAGAACUUGCUGGCCUGGCUCGACAGGUCUCCCUUCGCCAGCGUGACAGAGUAUUCAUUACUGAAGAACAAUAUCGUGCAGCUCUGCUUAGAGUUGACCACCAUCGUACAACAGGAUUGUACUGUGUAUGAGACAGAGAAUAAGAUUCUUCAUGUGUGUAAGACGUUAGCGGGGAUCUGCGACCACAUCAUCUCUCUGUCGUCAGACUCGCUAGUCUCUCAGUCAGCCCAUCUGGAGGUGGUCCAUCUCACCAGCAUCAUGCCCAGUGAAGGACUGGGGAUGUAUAUCAAAUCAACAUAUGAUGGACUCCAUGUGAUCACCGGAACCACGGAGAACUCUCCAGCAGAUCAGUGUAAGAAGAUCCACGCUGGGGAUGAGGUGAUCCAAGUCAACCACCAGACUGUGGUGGGAUGGCAGCUGAAGAACCUGGUAAAUGCUCUAAGAGAAGAUCCAUGUGGAGUCAUCCUCACGCUGAAGAAAAGGCCACAGAACACCCUGAGCUCCACACCAGCUCUGCUCAGGAAUGUACGCUGGAAACCUCUUGGCCUGCAGCCGGUGCCCACCAGCCCCACCAGCACGUCCCCCACACCCGAUGGAACUCUGGGCAUGUCCAAAAUGGAUGCUCCAAGCCUGCAGGACGUGUACAUCCUCUCUCCCGUCUCUGGACUCUACAGCACCAGGGAGGAGAUGGGCCUAAUGUCAUGUGAUGAAAUCAGUCGCUAUAGCGUGAGCUCCCACUCCGGCUCCAAAGGUUCAGAGGCUGUCAGCUACUACCUGGACCAGGAUAGCGGACAGUACUUCUCGUUGCUGGAAGGAGACGGACCUGACUAUGAUAGGAGUCGCAACACAGGGGUCCGGCGGAGGGACAAGACCCCAACACACGGUGAUCUCAGACCAGUUUCCAUGCCUCCCGAAUAUAACUGGAUGGCCGAGGCCAAGGAACCCAGCUUGGGCAAGAGAGGGAGCCGAGACUCAGACAACUCCCUGCUGCGUUACCUUAGCGAUGACAAGAUCCUGGUGAUCGAGGAGGAACCCGAGGGCCCUGGCAGAGAAAGCCGGCGGGAUUCCACCAGACGCUCUCGACGAAAGAGCCGCAACCCCAGCAGCCCCAGCUUUCCCAUCAGCCCCUCCAUGCUGUCGUCCACCCUGCGUCUUGACCAGCCGCCAGAGCCUCUGCCUCGAGGCGCAGACACGUUGCGAGCCGACACCACAGACAGGUACUCUGGCACGGGGAGCUCAGGAGCUGCUUCCAUGAGGAAGUCUUUCCAUUACACGUCUUUAAGAACAAAAACCAAAAGGAGAAGUAAAGGUUCCGUCACGAGUGCCAGUCGAAGGAGAAUAUCCUGUAAGGACCUGGGUCACGGUGACUGUGAGGGCUGGCUGUGGAAGAAAAAAGACGCUAAAGGCUAUUUCACCCAAAAAUGGAGGAAGUACUGGUUUAUCCUCAAAGAAUCCUGCCUCUACUGGUACACUAACCAAAAUGAUGAGAAGGCUGAGGGCUUCAUCAGCCUCCCCGAGUUCAGAAUAGACCGAGCCAUAGAGUGCAGACGGAAAUUUGCCUUCAAAGCCUGUCAUCCCAAAAUCAAGAGCUUCUUCUUCGCCACAGAUUGUCUUGAGGAAAUGAACAGGUGGAUGAAUCGAUUGGGGUUAGCUGCCAUUGGCUACACACCUGAUGAUAAAGUACCACGACCUGAUGAAGACUACUGGAGUGAAAGUGACCAAGAUGAGGUUGAUGGAUCGAUGACACUCAAACAGGAGGGACCUUCAUCCCUCUGCGACACCUACCAUCGCACACCAUCUAUUCACCUCCUCCACAGUUAUGACCAGUUGCCCCGCUCUGUCAGCUCCAUGAGCCUCAUGCGCUCCAUUCCUUCUCCACUCCCAAUGAGUGCCUCCACUUCCCCCAUCCCUCCACAGAUGGUCUCUUCCACCUCCCCUCUCCCUCUCCAGGUGAAUUCAUCCAGCCCUUUCCCGGAGUCCAAGCACGGUCGACAUUUCUCCAGCGAGUCCACACACUCCCACUCCUCGGCAGAAGACCAGCGUGGGGAUGGCAUGGGCAUGGGCACAGGCAGCACCAGUACCCAUUCAUCUGGGUGCCGCUCUUCCCAUCGUGAGCGUCGCUCCUGGCAGGACCUCAUUGAGACCCCUCUGACCAGUGCGGGGCUGCACUUCCUCCAGACGGCACCAGGGGACAGCGAAUACGGUGGCCUGAUGAGUGGCAUGGGCGGAGAGAUGGGGUUUUACGGAGGGCUUGGCAGACAUGGAAUGUCCCCAGAGAGACGUAGACAAGCCACGUUGCCUGUACGGAGACACCACGCAGCAGAGAGAGAUCGGGAAUGGGACGGGCCCUUCCCUCUGGAACGGGGGCCAUACACACACAGCCACACACACCGACGCUCCCACAAGCAGCGCAGUCAGAGUCUACCGAGGAAUAGGGACCCAAUGUCAGGAAAACUUAUUCACACGUCCGCUCAUGUGGAAGAGAGAAGUGAGGACGAGGAGGCAGAGGGACUAGCUGGCGAUAUGUUUGAGGGAGAGGACGACUUGCAGGACUUUAGAGUAGAUAGCCGAGAGAGGAGGGUGUCUGAGGGGCGGGAGCGGCGAGUAUCGGAUGGACGUGAGCCAGAAACACUGGACGGCUUGGAGCAGCUUUAUCGGGCCCUUGAGCAAGCCAACGUGACGCCUCUAGGAGACCCCAAACCCUGUAGCAAGCAGGAGCUUCGACGCUGUUUCAUCCAAAGAACCAGGGACCCCCUGCUGAACGACCGGCUGCACCGGGUCCGAGCCCUUCGCAGCACUUUGAAGGCCAAAGAGUCUGAGCUGGCAGUAGUCUGCGCCCUCCUGGAGGACCCGGGCCUGUGCUCCCAGACCUUCAGAGAGUGGAAACUGUGGCACAGCGAGCUGUACUCUGACAUCUGCCAGCUCAGCCCCGGCACCAACGGCCAGGACGACCUCUCCCCGCUGGCCGCGCCGCUCAUGACCCACACACACUCCUUCAUUGAGACGCAUGUGUGAGAAAAAAGAAAAGGAACUGAACUGAUACGCAUACACAAACACCGAGUCACACACACACCAAUCCCCUAUUUUCUGAUCACGACGCUCAGUGCACACACACACACACACACACACACACACACACACACACACACACACACACACACACACACACACAGGAACAUUGUAAGAUGUGUAAAUAUCAACAAGGGAAUGGUCUGAGACAUGGGUGUAUGAACCUUUGAUCAUCUCGAGGACCCCACAGGGUGCCUACUGCAUGCCUGAACUGAAAGCAUUAAUCUUCCGUUGUCCACGCGCUUGUCGAGCAAAACAGGAAAAAAAAGGAGACAUUUGAAAAUAUUUCUUUUCAUUCUCUUAGCUUUUCGUUGAUUUCCGGGGGCAGGGGGAGCUAUGUAGCAGCAAUACAGAGGAGAACCCUUUUCACCACAGCACUGUACUUUUGUACCGAUGAACUUUGCACCCAGAGCCACCAGUUCUCCCCCUUUCUCUCUUUUUAUUUUCAUUCUGAGCCUCUAGACUCACAGGGACCUCACUGUUAAAGCAGACUGUGAGCGGUAGCUGCUUCUCUGGGAGCCCAUGACAUGUAAAUGUCACUAAGGCGUGGAACUGUCCCGGCCGCGUGCACACUCUUCUAAACUGUGAAGUGUUCAGAAGUCCCCCUUGACCUGCAGAAGGAGGCUUCUCUUGGUUUUCUCCCUGCCAUCCUUCUCUUUUGUUUCGUUACCUCCUUCUGUCCUCAGAGACUUGUGCAUAUGUGUAUACUGAUGUAAAUGUUUCAUUACCACUGUGAUAUGCUUCUCUAGAGGUAGCGAAGAGAAGAUGGAGAGUUUGUGUGGGUGGAAGACCGUUCUCUUCUUCCUUUCUUUAAAAACGAGUUCCUUUAACAGUGAAUGCAAACGUUUGUUCUAAAGGAGUCGCUCACUACAAAGAAUGCACUUUCUAUAUUAUCUCUAUAUGUCAUCGGCUGCAUCACAGGGCGCCUCUCACUGGACCGCCCUCCCAUCGCUCUUCAAAUAUCAGGUAAAAUGCAUUUGCCGUCCCAUUUUCUAAAGAUUUGUGUACAGUCUACAGAUAUAUUUAAACAUAGAAGAAUAUAUAAAUCUAUUUGCGUUUUUGUGUCAUAGAUAUAUUGUAAAGUAUGAUGUAUUCUAUGCCAAGGUUUCGCAGCGUCCCCCUCCUCACUCUGUAGAUGCAGGGUGCUCAGCAGCUGAACAGGAAGCAAACGACGACCUCUGACACCUGAGUGCUGCGGUUUAGUCUCCUGCUGCAUGAGGAGUAGGCUCUGGGACGGGUUUGAAUGGACAGGGUAAAAUACUGUGGAUCAUUUCUGUCAUUUUCUUUCCACGUUCUUCAUGAUCACAAGGUGUGUAGCGCAUGCAAAAGUGCUGUUGAAGACCACCUUUCUCUACUUUCACAGGUACAAAGUCUUCUGUUCACUCUGUGGUGUUUCUGACACACACUGUACAACUGAGAGGUGAUUCGUUUUCCCGCUCGCUUCUUUGAACUAAUGCAGAUUUUUAGUUAGCCUUCAGGCGGUUUCAGUUUGUUGUGUGAACGUCCAUCCGUAGAGACGCAAGUGCGGUUACCUCUAAAGUGAGGGCCGGUGUGCUAGGUUGUGGAGCUCUGCUGUACACUAAAGCUUGGUUUAUGCUUGACGCAUUCACUUUCCACGCGGUGAUGCGGCUCGCGGCUGGAACGCGCUUCACAACUCGCAGCGUUUAUGGUUCGUGCGGCUUGUCUCUGCGGUGAGCCAAUAUUCUCCCAAACUGUAGGGGGCAGCAUGGAGCUCUACGGCAUGCAUCCAACACUACACCAUAGUAGAAGUAGAAAUGACUGUUAACAACAUGGCAUUUCAGCAUUUUUAACAGCGUCCUCGUCUUUUCCGACAGUGCGAGCUAUUUCUCUCCAAGAAUUAUUAACAACAUGUUGAUCACGGUGAUCUCUGAGAGCUGAAUCAUACAAAUGUCUGUAUUUACGAACCUCUGCCGUGCCGGUCCGCCAUGUUUUUCCGCGUCCGACCGUCCGCGUGGUUAGAAAUUUUCCGAGGUGCGCGUUGCGGAAAUCUUGGGCCGUGCGGAGACGCGGUGGAGGGGCGUGGUUGUUAAAAUGACGCAAAAUGACGCAACUUUUCCGCGCGGAGCCGUGCGGACCUCGCGGACGCGUCAAGCAUAAACCAACCUUAAAUGGUCUGCAAUGCCUUUGAAGCUCAUUUCAUCCGCGACACCGGGGACUCGACGCCGUCCCCUAGUGUCCAAGUCUCUGAGAGGCGUGUAGCAACCUGCGGCAUCCAGCAACACCUCUCCACGCCGAUUCUUUGUGCUUUUCCAUCCAUCUUGAGUAGAUUUCUUUCCACGUCACUGAGGUGAAAUUUCAGAACACGUCACAAACAUUUCGUUUUCGGUGGUUCAUUUGAAGAUAUGACUCGAAAAUAGAAACUAAAUGAUGCAAGCACUUUUCCCGUGCCUCCCGGUUCUCUCAUUGGAAGCGAAGAACUCUGGUGUUCCUACACACACACACACACACACACACACACACACACACACACACACACACACACUCAGCUGUUACAGAGUUUUAAUGCAGUUCUAGUCUGCAGGCCUCUCUGCUUGAUCUUGUUUGUAUUUCACCUCCUGCUCAGCUGCGCAGGCAGCAUACUGUAGAUUCAAAGGGGUUUAAGUUGUAGGCACUGACUGUGUUACCCUUCCUAGAUUUGUAUUUAUUAUUUUGAUUAUUAUCUGACUGGUUUGAAAUUGUGUAGACCUGCAGAAACAGUACGAAAAAGGGAGAUUCCACUGUGUUUCUUUCAGGGGUGUACACCUCAUGGUACAUUGCACAGCUGUGUAAGACGUAAGUUGCACUGCGACAUUAAAAAAAGGAACAUAUUGCUCUUUUUCAAGGAUAAGAUUAGCUUAUGUACAUUCAACUGACUAAAGAUGAUGUUAAAAAAAGAAAAUUACAUUUAUUCUUCCUAAAGUAGCCUUUUUUGGUUUCAUAUAUAUGAAUAUAUAUAAAUAUAAAUAUAUAUAUAUUACAAAAAAUACAGAUUGUAAACUUAAGUUGUUAAACUUUGACUUCAAUAAACUGAAUCCUCUGCACUAUGA